CCACACUCCCCGGAAACUUUCCUUUGAUGGUGCAGGCCUGGCCACUGUAUAUUGAAAAAGCCCUCCAGGAGAUAGAAGGGACAGCCAGGUGGAGAAACACUUCCUUAGAACAGGUUUCAGGUUUGGUGCAUAUUAUAAUUGCUUGAGGAACUUAAAGAUACCAAUAUUGGUCUGGCUCUGGGAUUAUGACUUAAUUGGUUUGGGAUGAGUUGGGCAUCACAGUUUCUCUUUUUUUUUUUUUUUAAAAGAGAGAGUGAGAGAGAAUUUUUUAAUAUUUAUUUUUUAGUUUUCAGCAGACACAACAUCUUUGUUUGUAUGUGGUGCUGAGGAUCGAACCCGGGCCGCACGCAUGCCAGGCGAGCGCGCUACCACUUGAGCCACAUCCCCAGCCCAACAUCACAGUUUCUCAAAGUGUCCCAAGAGAUUCUAAUGUGCAGCCUGGUCUGAGAUCCAGUGCCCUACACCAACUAUUUCAUUUUGCAGAAGGAUAACUGAGACCCCGAGAUGAGAAUGCAUUUGUUCAAGGUCAAAUAGAAAAUGAUUGAAGAGCAUCCUUGUCUGGCACUACAGGACACAAAACCCUGGACUCUACUUGUAUCUCGGAUUAUUUGGCUCCAUACAGAUAGAUGGUCCCACCUCAUCCUCAUAACAUCUGGUGGGGGUAGUCAUCACUCCCAUUUUACAGAUGAGGACAUUAAGGAACAAAACUGUCCAGGUGACUUGCCCAAGGUGAAGGCAAGAACCUAGAACACCCUGGAAUUGGUACAGAGCUCUUUUAAUCCCAUCCCAUUGUUAUACAUGGGUUCUAGAAUGAACAGGUCAAUGCUGUGAGAUGGGUUCCAGGUGUAAAGGGGAGGGACUAUGAGGUGACAUUCUAGAAGGAUAGGGUAGGACAGGAGGCAUAUGACUAUUCCCUCACAAACAGGGCCUUUGGGGCAGCCAUGUCCUACUUCAUGUCUCCCCAGACUCAUCCAGGUCUUCUACCUUCUAACCAAGGUGGGGCUGCUUCUCCGGGUUCGUCCCUUGGCCUCUAUAGUCCUACAGAGCCAGUGGUGGUGGCCUCUGGUGGAUUAGGCCCACUGAACCAGAAAGCUGAGCAGGUGGUACCUGCUGCCCAGACCUGGGGCCCCACCCUGGCAGUGCCUGAAGCCAGGGUCUGCUCUGGGGGUGCUAGCUGGGAGAUACCACGGAGAAAGGAGUGCAGCCGAUACUGCCACAAAUUCCCCAACGUGAGGCAACCAGAGAGCUUGGGCUGGGAGAAUGGCUGCUCCAGAAGCAGAGCUCCCCACCUGAGUGGCCCCAGCAGGCCUGGGCCCCUGCUGCUGUGUGGGCUGUCACCAGGGGUUCUGCCAGUGCCCUCUGAGGCAGUGGGGAAGGAGGCCGGCUCCCAGCCUGACAUCUGCAUCCUUACCCUGGCUAUGAUGAUCGCCGGCAUCCCCACCGUGCCUGUCCCAGGCCUGCGGGAAGAGGACCUGAUCCGGGCAGCUCAAGCUUUCAUGAUGGCCCAUCCAGAGCCUGAGGGAGCUGUGGAGGGAACGCGGUGGGAGCAAGUGCAUGCCCACACAGCCUCUGGGCAGAUGUCCCUAAGGAGAUCCAGGAGGGGCCAGCCUCCUGGCUCCUGCUUGUAGCUGGAUGAAAUAGCACCAGACACA